GGGCCGGGGUGGGAGAGUGCUAGAGUCCUGUCUAGUCAAGUUGCGUGGGAUCAAUUCCAAUCUGUUACCUCCGAGGAUGUGGACAGGCUGCUUGGACGAGUGAAGCCAACCACCUGUCUCCUGGAUCCUUGCCCAUCCUGGCUUAUAAAAGCUAGCCGGGAAGGACUGGGCAAUGGGCUUCGUGGGGUGGUGAAUGCUUCCCUCCGUGAGGGAGCCUUCCCAGACCAGCUGAAAGAGGCGGUUAUUAAACCGCUUCUUAAAAAACCAUCUUUAGAUGCGGCCACGAUGGUCAACUAUCGCCCAGUCUCAAAUCUUCCAUUCUUGGGCAAGGUGAUUGAGCGAGUGGUUGCUGAACAACUCCAGGCACGCCUGGAAGAAGCGGACCAUUUGGAUCCCUUCCAGUCAGGAUUCAGGCCUCAUCAUGGGACUGAAACUGCCUUGGUCGCACUGGUUGAUGAUCUCCGGCGGGCUAGGGACAAAGAACCAGUGAAGGCGGUGAAGGUCCUGUGUGAGUGUCUGGAGGCGGUUGGAGGAUGGAUGGCGGCUAACAGAUUGAGGUUAAAUCCUGACAAGACAGAAGUACUGUUUUUGGGGGACAGGAGGCGGGCAGGUGUGGAGGAUUCCCUGGUCCUGAAUGGGGUAACUGUGCCCCUGAAGGACCAGGUGCGCAGCCUGGGAGUCAUUUUGGACUCACAGCUGUCCAUGGAGGCACAGGUCAAAUCUGUGUCCAGGGCAGCUGUUUACCAGCUCCAUCUGGUACGUAGGCUGAGACCCUAUCUGCCUGCGGACUGUCUCGCCAGAGUGGUGCAUGCUCUGGUUAUCUCCCGCUUGGACUACUGCAAUGCGCUCUACGUGGGGCUACCUUUGAAGGUGACUCGGAAACUACAACUAAUCCAGAAUGCGGCAGCUAGACUGGUGACUGGGGGCGGCCGCCGAGACCAUAUAACACCGGUCUUGAAAGACCUACAUUGGCUCCCAGUACGUUUCCGAGCACAAUUCAAAGUGUUGGUGCUGACCUUUAAAGCCCUAAACGGCCUCGGUCCAGUAUACCUGAAGGAGUGUCUCCACCCCCAUCGUUCUGCCCGGACGCUGAGGUCCAGCGCCGAGGGCCUUCUGGUGGUUCCCUCAUUGCGAGAAGCAAAGCUACAGGGAACCAGGCAGAGGGCCUUCUCGGUAGUGGCGCCCGCCCUGUGGAACGCCCUUCCAGCAGAUGUCAAAGCGAUAAACAACUACCUGACAUUCAGAAGACAUCUUAAGGCAGCCCUGUUCAGGGAAGUUUUUAACGUGUGAUAUUUUAGUGUAUUUUUGGUUUC